UCUCCUUACAGAUAAUUCACAUCCACAUAAUAUUACUCUGCCCAAUUGCACCUUCCUAUAUCUAUAGGAUCACCACGCCGAAUGCCCAACAUGGGCCCCUGAUGACCCGCUUGCACAUUACCCCGUUACAUGGCGUUUGCUCCCCCUUACACUCCCCGCCCAAGACUCAUAUCAAACAAGCUUAAAAUCCCUCCUAGCAAGAUGAGCCCCUUGGCCAUAUACCACCCAUCAAGGUUUGCCGGGCUUGCCCAAACCUCCACCACACUUCGCGCCUUCGCCACCGCCACUCCCACCGCUCCUGCCGUCGGCACUCCCGCGGAGGGCUGGACCCUCUCCCUGGAGCGCGGCAUCGGCAAGGCGUACGGCGCUGAGGCGGAGCUCCAGGCCACACGGGCAUUCCGAGCGGAGGUGUUCCCUGACCUCCCCAUCGCUACCACUUGGCAGAACCUGGGCAAGGCGUUGGUGGGUGGCCUGGCCGCCUCCGCGACGGCCGCCCCCGCACCCGCCUUCACGCACUACACCACCCGCCCCGGCGCCCUCAAGGUCACCACCAUCGCUGCCAACCUGCGAACCGAGCGCGACAUUGAGCAGCGCAUUCUGCAGGCCUGCAUGGCAGCAGGAGCAGGAGGAGGAGGAGCAGGAGCAGGAGGGGCUGAGGCGGG